UUAUAAAGCAGAAAAGAGGAGAAAUUUCGUCUUCUUGGAUGUAAUGUUCUUUGAGGGUAUUUACUUCACUUCUCAUAGAGAAAUAGAGAAUCUGAAAGAAUCGAGAAUGGGCGGAGGAGGAUCAGUGAAGGAAGUUCAAUCAAAGACGGAGCUUGAUAAGAUUGUCGCCGAUGGAUCACCGGCGAUUUUGCACUUUUGGGCAUCAUGGUGUGAAGCUUCUAAGCACAUGGACCAAGUCUUUUCUCAUCUUUCUACUGAUUUCCCACAUGCCCAUUUUCUAAGAGUUGAAGCUGAAGAACAGCCUGAGAUAUCUGAGCUGCACUCUGUUUCUGCUGUUCCUUACUUUGUCUUCUUCAAGGAAGGUAAGGCUGUUGAUACAUUGGAAGGGGCUGAUCCUUCUAGUUUGGCUAACAAGGUUGCAAAAAUUGCUGGGUCAAUCACUCCUGGGGAACCUGCCGCUCCUGCUAGCCUAGGAAUGGCUGCAGGUCCCUCUGUUCUUGAAGCAAUUCAGGAAUUGUCUAGAGAAAACGGUGCCCCUCAAGUGUCAAGUUCUGGUCUUGAUGAUCGGCUAACAAAGCGACUUCAGCAGCUGGUUUCUUCUCAUCCAGUUCUGCUUUUCAUGAAAGGGACCCCAGAAGAACCCAAGUGUGGUUUUAGUCAGAAAGUCGUUGACAUCUUGAAGAAAGAGAAGGUCAAAUUUGGAAGUUUUGAUAUUCUGACGGACAAUGAGGUCCGUGAGGGGUUGAAGAAAUUUUCCAAUUGGCCAACAUAUCCUCAACUGUACUGCAAGGGUGAACUACUUGGUGGUUGUGAUAUUGUUAUAACUAUGCAUGAGAGUGGUGAACUUACAGAUGUUUUCAAGGAUCAUGGGGUUGGGGUCUCUGAUUCUCUUGAAACUAAACCAAAUAAAACUGCGGGUGGGAAGGGUGGCAUCUCUGAACAAUCUGGCUUGAGUACUGCCUUGACUACUCGUCUUGCAGGUCUGAUAAACUCUAGCCCAGUUAUGCUGUUUAUGAAAGGAACAGUUGAUGAACCCCGGUGUGGAUUCAGCAGAAAGGUGGUGGAUAUUCUUAAACAGGAGAAAGUGGAGUUUGAGACUUUUGACAUUCUUUCUGAUGAUGAAGUCCGUCAAGGACUGAAAGUUUAUUCCAACUGGUCUAGUUAUCCACAGCUGUACAUAAAGGGUGAACUUAUUGGUGGAUCAGACAUUGUACUGGAGAUGCAAAAGAGCGGUGAGUUUAGGAAGGUUCUAACUGAGAAGGGGAUACACCAGAAAGUAAGUCUUGAAGACCGUUUAAAGAAUCUACUGAACUCCUCACCUGUAAUGCUCUUUAUGAAGGGUACACCAGAUUCUCCAAGGUGUGGUUUCAGCUCGAAGGUGGUUAAUACCUUGAAGGAGGAAGGGGUUGAUUUUGGAUCCUUUGAUAUUCUAUCCGAUGAAGAAGUGAGGCAGGGAUUAAAGACCUUCUCCAACUGGCCAACUUAUCCGCAGCUGUAUUACAAAGGCGAACUGGUAGGAGGAUGUGAUAUCAUCCUGGAAUUACAUAGCGGGGGUGAACUCAAGUCAACAUUAUCUGAAUAGAAGAAUCCC